AACGUUCUAACGUCCCAGCCGAACCGAACACAAAAACAGAACCCAAAUCGAAUCGAAAAGAAACCGCCGCGAUAAGAAGAAACCACGACGGAGCCGUGGGGACGGCGGUGUGCUGGCGAAACCCGUGCCAGCAGCAGUUAUCGAACAGACAGCGAUCCCGAACAGCGUCUCCGGUUGGCUCCAGGCGGUUGGCUAAAGGUGCCUCGUUUCACGGUGAACGAGCCGCGAGUGAAGCCUCUGAAGGGCUGGAUUGAGGAAAAUUAUUGUGUGAUUAUUUCUAAAAGUCAAAUAUAACUCAUACGACGCGUGUGCCAAUUCCUACCCAGUACCACUGUCGAUUGCUGUGCAUGCAUUUGGCCUUAGCAAUGAUGCAAACCCUGAAACCGCCGCCGCCGCCGCUACAUCAUCACCACCCACAGCAGCAGCUUCCACAGCACCUGACAGCCAUGGAUAAUCAUCAGCAACAUUCGCCGCAUAUCCAUCAGCCGCAACUGCAACAGCAGCAGCAGCAGCAGCAGCAACAAUUGCCACCCACGCCGCAGGCAUCGCACCUGGUAGGCAGCCAGCACAAUCAUCUGGCUGUCGACCAUGAUGACCCAAAUCCUGAACUGGUGCUUGCCUUAAUUUCAAGGAAUCGUGCGCUCGAGGCCACGAUACCAAAGUGCGGCGGCUGCCACGAACUGAUCUUGGACCGAUUCAUCCUGAAGGUGCUGGAGCGGACGUGGCACGCCAAGUGCCUCCAGUGCAGCGAGUGCCACGGCCAACUCAACGACAAGUGCUUCGCCCGCAACGGUCAACUUUUCUGCAAGGAGGACUUUUUCAAGUCGAACAGACGGUACGGUACAAAGUGUUCCGCUUGUGAUAUGGGCAUACCGCCAACGCAGGUGGUGCGCCGGGCCCAGGACCACGUCUAUCAUCUGCAGUGCUUCCUGUGCGCGAUGUGCUCCCGCACUCUCAACACGGGCGACGAAUUCUAUCUGAUGGAGGACCGCAAGCUCAUCUGCAAGCGCGAUUACGAGGAGGCCAAGGCAAAGGGUCUCUACCUGGAUGGCUCUCUGGACGGCGAUCAGCCGAACAAGCGUCCCCGCACCACAAUCACCGCCAAGCAGCUGGAGACCCUGAAGACCGCCUACAACAACAGCCCCAAGCCCGCCCGACACGUUCGGGAGCAGCUGUCGCAGGACACGGGCCUAGAUAUGCGGGUGGUCCAGGUCUGGUUCCAAAACAGGCGGGCCAAGGAGAAGCGACUGAAAAAGGAUGCGGGACGCACCCGAUGGAGUCAGUACUUCCGCUCCAUGAAGGGGAACUGUUCGCCACGCACUGACAAAUUCCUCGACAAGGAUGAACUAAAGGUCGACUAUGACAGCUUCAGUCAUCAUGAUCUAAGCAACGACAGCUACAGCACCGUCAAUUUGGGCCUGGAUGAGGGCGCCUCACCGCACAGCAUACGUGGCUCCUACAUGCAUGGGAGCUCUAGUCCGUCACAGUACCCGCCGAGCAGUCGCUCGCCGCCGCCAGUCGGCCAGAGCCAUACGUUUGGCUCCUAUCCAGACAAUAUUGUGUACACCAAUAUAGAUCAUGCGACGGGCUCUACUCUGCACACCAGCAAGUCACAUCACCGCCUGCACAGUAGCAACAACGUCUCUGACCUGAGCAACGACUCGAGCCCCGAACAGGGCUAUCCUGACUUUCCGCCGAGUCCCGAUUCGUGGCUGGGCGACUCGGCCAGUACCAACAACACCAGCAACAACAACAACACCAGCAACAGCAACAACAACGGGGGCAGCGGCAGUGCUGGAGCCAGUGCGAAUGUCACCAACGCAAACCCCGGAACGCCAAGCGUACAUUACUGAUACUCAAAUCUGCUUUUGCGUUAUUUUGAGAUGCAGUCCCGCAAUCUUCUUCUCUCUGCCCAGCAACAACAACAGAAGCUGUAGCAGCGCCAUGUUGAAAGCUCUCAGUAACAGCGACAGCGAAGCUAAUCGGUUAACGGGAGUGAGUCAGGAGAUGUGGCAACGCGGCUGAGUUAAGAUUGUAGAUUUCAAGUUAAUGCCAUUUGGGUGCGUCUUUAUAUUCCGAUUCGUGAUCGGCAUACAGAUCCUGAUCAAGAGCGAAACAUAAAUAUCAAUUACAUAGUUCUAAAAUUAACAAAAGCAAGAAGCAUCUCUCAACUUUUUGGGUAGGCAGGACAUCUGUUGAUGGGGUCCGAGUCGCCCCCACAUGGCAUAACCCUUACAGCCUUAUUUGUUUAUUUUAGAUAAACAAAACCCUUACAAAAUUUGCUCAAAAUAAUUCAUUUUCUUUACUUGGUCAUCGGCAUCGGAUCGGUGAACUGAACACAGAAUACGUAUUGGUACUUACCUUAAAGCUUAAUUGAUUACAUCACAUCUUGGAAAGCCGCUCUAUCAUUUACCAUUGUAGCCCUGAUAUUUAAUUGUAAAUAAUGUAUAUUUGUGUAUAGUGAAUGAACUCUAAAACUGAAUUUUAAAUUAAAUUAAGUCUGUAUAGCGAUAGCGUCAAACAAAUGCGGAGUAGGGUAGUAGAGCGAAAUAUGCAUACGUAUGUAAGAUUCGAGCCCAAAACAAGUUAUUUAUUGCUUUAUAUAGGAAUACAACAAAAUUGCAUAGGAGAAAUAUCAAUUACGAAAACGUGAUGUCGUAUUUAUAUCUAAACCCAAAAACGAAAAAUAUUUCAACAGAAUAGAAAUGUCAGUAAAAAAGCAACUACGUAAAACAAAUGAUAAAACGAAUGCGAUGAAAUAAAUUACUAUUUGACACAUAAGAAUAAAGACACAAAAUUUGUUAAUUA